AACAUAACAGCGACUUAUCGGAAGAGCAUGCUCGGUUCAGUUGAUGACCCAAGCAGAGUUUAAUAACAAUUUUAUUACAGUAAAUUGAUCAUACUAAAAAACAGUACAGAGCAAAAAUAGAACUGGCCUUACAGCUUACGACAACUUUACUACAUACACAUGAUGAGAAAAUCGAACGAGUGUUUUUCGAAACUUUGUGUUGUUAAAUUUUAAAAUGAUAGAAAUUAGCGAAAGUCCAGCAACCAAAGGACGCACAAGUGAGGAAAAAGAAACGAAAUCAAAACUUUGGGCAUCGUUGAGUGAUUUACCUGAAGAAAAUGGCUUCAUUAAAAAAGAAUUCGAUCAUCGUCGUCGCAAAAAGGGAAUACAUCCAAUGGAACCCGCCGCUACAGUCAUUUUUGAAAGCAGAAGAUUUUUGGGGACAUUUAGAACAACAAAAAAAAAAACAUGUAAAAAUCAAGAGAUUUUCCCGCCGGGAUCAUCCGGCAUAUUUCGACAAAAAUCCCUUAAUUCAUGUGAUCGCCAUCUAUCGAUAACUGAUUACGCUAAAGCGGCACGACAAUCAAUCGGUAAUAUAGGCACGUUGUUAUCGCGAAAAAUGGCGGCUACUACAUCUCAACCAAAUAUUCCUUGGCCGAAUUCCAAAGAUGAUUACGAACUACGGCAAGUAAUCGGUGUUGGUGCAACUGCAGUGGUUCAUGCAGCACUGUGUAAACCACGAAACGAAAAAUGUGCUAUAAAACGUAUAAAUUUAGAAAAAUGGAACACAUCAAUGGACGAAUUGCUCAAAGAAAUUCAAGCCAUGUCAAGUUGCAAUCAUGAAAAUGUAGUAACCUACUAUACUAGCUUUGUUGUUAGAGAAGAACUAUGGCUUGUGCUGAGGUUACUUGAAGGUGGAAGUUUGUUGGAUAUUAUUAAACAUAAAAUGAAAGCUACUAACUGCAAACAUGGAGUUUUUGAUGAAGCAACAAUUGCUACAGUCUUAAGAGAAGUUCUUAAAGGUUUGGAAUAUUUUCACAGCAAUGGUCAAAUUCAUAGAGACAUUAAAGCUGGUAAUAUUUUGUUGGGAGAAGAUGGCACUGUUCAAAUAGCAGAUUUUGGUGUAUCAGCAUGGCUGGCCACUGGACGUGAUCUUUCCAGGCAGAAAGUAAGACAUACAUUUGUGGGGACCCCAUGUUGGAUGGCUCCUGAAGUAAUGGAGCAGGAUCACGGUUACGAUUUCAAGGCUGAUAUUUGGUCGUUUGGAAUAACAGCGAUAGAAAUGGCGACUGGUACCGCCCCAUACCACAAAUAUCCACCGAUGAAAGUACUCAUGUUAACGUUACAAAACGACCCACCUAAUCUGGAUACAGGUGCAGAAGAAAAAGAUCAAUAUAAAGCCUAUGGAAAAACUUUUCGCAAAAUGAUAUCAGAUUGCUUGCAAAAAGAACCCAGCAAACGGCCAACAGCGAGUGAAUUAUUAAAACACCCGUUUUUCAAAAAAGCCAAAGAUAAAAAGUAUUUACAACAGACACUUGUUGCUAUUGGACCAAGUUUGGAAACGCGAAUUCAGAAAGCUUCAAAACGACAACCGGGCGCUUCCGGUCGAUUGCACCGGAAAGAAACAGGCGAGUGGGUAUGGUCAAGUGAUGAUGAAGGAGCUAAUGAAGACGAAGAAAGCGAUAGCGAUACUGAUUCAAGACCAAUGAACACACUUGCAUCGGUCGGAUCGAGCGGUUCCGAUCGAGACGAAAGUAGCGAAGCGGACACGUUACCCCCUGUCAAUCUGGUAUUACGAAUGAGGAAUGCAAAACGAGAACUAAACGACAUCAGGUUCGAAUUCGCAGUGGGUAAAGACAGCGCCGAAGGAAUUGCGAGCGAGUUAGUGGGUGCAGGAUUAGUGGACAAUAGGGACAGUACGGUCAUCACGAAUAAUCUUCAAAAAUUAAUCGACAACAGAGAUUCCAUUAAAGUUGUCACGUUUCCUUUGAAUUCGAGUGUGGCAAACAACGAGGUACCCGAUGACAAAGCUCUUAUAGGUUUUGCUCAAAUUUCGAUAACAGACUGAAAGAAUGAAAAGGGAAGUUUUUUAUGUAACCACAUAUUAAUAAUGAUUAUAAUGAUUACAAUAAUUAAUAGUAAUGGUAGAGUACUAAACGAUAUAAGUAAAAGUCUGGUAUGUAUAUAAUGUAGAUAAGAUUUUAAUAUUUUAUUAUUUUACAUUAUUAAACAGUUGAUUUUGUU